AUAAGUUGGCAGUUCAUAAACAAAACAAUCUGGCGCUAAAAAGGAAAAGGAAAUACCGUCUCCCGCUCAUUCGCUUAUUUGUCGAAGUCCACGUUGCACCUAAAUGUACUUUGGGAACAAACAGUCCUAGAGGUUCUGGCACAAUGUCCUCAUUGCAUAUAUAUAUAUAGGGGUACUUCUUAAGAAAGUGCGGCAGUUCUUCAGAGAACGUCUUCAGAAAAAUGUUGCGAUUUAUUGUCCUUGGAGCACUUGUUGCUUUAACGGCGGGUCAGUUUCAACCGUCUGGAAGGAUUUUGGAACCUCCAAUCCCAGCCCUUUGUGCACAAAGAGUUAUUCAUGAACGUUUUAAUGGCAAGGGUUACUAUUAUUCAUGGGCUGAUCCAAGGACAAGUGGACAGGAAGUUGAUUGGCUAGCAGGAAGAAAUUUCUGUAGACAAAGAUGCAUGGAUCUUGUUUCCUUAGAGACAUCUGCUGAAAAUGAAUUUAUAAAAAGCCGUAUCGUCCAAAAUAAUGUCAAAUAUAUUUGGACAUCUGGCCGCCUUUGUGAUUUCAAAGGAUGUGACAGACCUGAUCUUCAGCCUCUUCAUAUUAAUGGUUGGUUCUGGACUGCGGAAUUGCAAAAGCUUGCUCCAACCACUGAUCGUUCUCAGAAUGAUUGGUCUGAAAGUGGAGGUAUUGGAAAACCGCAACCAGAUAACCGUGAAGCUAUCCAACAAGGAGGUGCCCCUGAAAAUUGUUUAGCUGUGUUGAAUCAGUUUUAUAAGGAUGGAGUAAACUGGCAUGAUGUCGCAUGCCACCAUAAAAAACCGUGGGUGUGCGAAGAAAAUGAGUCGCUAUUAAAAUAUGUCCGUUUUACUAAUCCAAACAUUCGUGUUUAAUAAUAAUUUAUGUCAUUUUUAUGA